AUCUUUCGUAAUCCUAUGCUAACAUUCCUCCUAGAGUGUGUUGCUACUUGAAAUCUAUCGGAGUUUCUUCCUAUGGCAUGUUGCUAUUUGAAAUGUCUUGUAAUCUCUUGCAUAACCAUUCUGAGAUCUGUUGCUUCUUGAAAUCUUAUAAAAAGUUCUCCCCACUUUGUACUUGCCUUGUAAUCUUAUAAAAAUUCUUCCUAUGGUCUAGAACUCGAUGAAACCCUUGUAGUCUUGUAAACAAUGUUCCUUCUAAUCAUUUCUCUUUACAACCCCCUAUGGACACCUGGCUGCUGAGAUCAUGAACUACAAGUCGUGAUACCUUCGAUUAAAACUUUUAUGACAAGACCACCUCACUAACCAGCUCAAGUGACCAACCCUCUACCAACAUGGCGGCCACUCACUAACACAGGCUUAGCUCUACGAAGACCGGAAACAAACACUAGGAGAAAGGUUUUCCUGUUGUUGUUUCCUUCCUUCGCACCCAUAGUCAGCCUCGUUUAACUGAAUGGAAAGCCACACUCUCAGUUUCAGAAUCUAGUGUACUUUCAAACGUUAGUGCGGAAACUUAUGUUGGUGUUGUGUUCAAGAUAACAAACUGCAGCACCAUAUUUAAACAAUUCACAGACUCGGCGACACAGUUCUUUCUCCACUACGCCGUCGCCAGCUGCUUCCUUGGCCUCCUCUGUGCGUGAGUCUUGCUGGUGGUGGACGGCAGAAUCUUCAAGGGAGUUUUCAUUACCUGACUGAGUGAUUGAUAUCCUGUUGUCAUUGUUCGAUUACAAGACACAUGGAGGAGAUGGAUUUCUGAUCUCACCACGUCAAUAUUCCAGUAGUAGUGAACAUGAAGAUAUACAGGAAAAAACAAGCUUCUUUCAGUCAACAUAAUGCAUAAUAUUGUGGGCAGCGAAUGUGGCGGAGCAUGAUCCUUAUGUUCUUAUAACAUUUAUUCUCCUUUCAGACAUUUAUCUUUUCUGCCUUACGCCGCCUUAUUUAUUUACCAAAGUACUUGAAUCACUCGGUCCUAACUAACCUACCAAAACCUGACCUAAUCUGACCUCACACAUUAACAGAGAUUAUUUCUACAUUUCGAUAUCAGAAUAAGUAGUGCUGUCAUAUUUCCAAGAAGAGAUACUCGUAUGUACACAAGCGAAAAAUUCGUAGGAUUCAACUAUGGAAAUAAAUAGUUAAAUAAAAAACAUGACCGUGCACUUUGUAACGUGGUCAAGGAAAGUGUCAGGGCAUAAAGAAUGGCUGUGUCUGCAGGUAAUGCUGUGGUGCUGUGGUGCGCGGUGGGCUGCCCGAGGACACGCCCUUCAGUCAAGGUGCUGCUGUGUGCUCUCUUCUCCACCACUCUCCUGAUGUGUCUGCUGAGGCUGUCCUUAUACGCCUAUUUCUUGUUGUGGUGUGACGACAACUCGAUCCAUUUAUUCUAUAACUUACUAUCAAUUAUUGGUGUAAUCCUGACAAUGAUGGAGCUCUUGUACAUCUUCGUCAUAGCCUUCCUCAGAACGAUGGCGGUGUGGUCCACUCAGAGGCACCAAGUAAAGCUACGGACAAGCAUGGCGCUGGUGGUGGGCGUUGCUCUCUACGUUAUUGCCAUCGGUGGUGUGGCAGUGGCGGUCUCUUCGUUCCACGUCGAGGACAUAUUCAUCUCUGAAAUAGUAAUACGAAUUAUACUCGUUUUACAAAUUUUUCUGCCAGUGGUUCUCACCCUCGCCUGCUACUCCUCUAUGAUAUUCGUGGUAAUACGCAACAAGCGCCGCCUGGCAGCCACCCAAGACACGGCAGCGACAGGCAAGGUGAUGGACCAGGCCACGCGGGCCUUGCUGUCGGUGUUCAUCAGUAACCUGCUCUUCAUCGUGCCGCAUGUCAUUUCGAUCAUUCUCGUUACGUUUUACGUUUUCAUUUAUGACCUCAUUCUCAUAACAAAUACCCUUUUAAUGACUCACUUGUUCGCCGACCCGCUGCUGUUUGUGUGUUUCAACAAACAUCACCGGAAACGCGUCCUGCAGGCACUCAAGUCCUUCCUAGAAUUGGUCUCGUGCUGCCCGCUCUCCACACCCCCACACGCCAACACCACCCUUCCCCUCCGCUCCCUCCAAAAUGUUGCACAAGAAUCAUAGGCAAAAGAGAUUUUCUUUUUUUUUUUACGUGACAGACUCACUGAUUUUAACAAGAGUAUUUUCUGCAAGUAUUCUGCAACUCUUUGCCAGUUCUCUGUGUACAGAAUAAACUUUAAAAUGUAAUGUGGAAUACUCAAUUAAAUUACACGUUCAUAUUCUGAUAAUGCUUUUACAUAUCUAGCGAAUUUCAAAGAAAAGAUUAUAUUUCCUUAUUUUAUCAUUAAAAUGAUAGAUGUUGACUACUUAUAUUGCCUUGUGUGUCUUGAAUAAUUUUUAGGGGCUGUGCAUACUUGUUACAAAUUAAGUACGGUUUGUGGUGCGCAUCUCGGCUGUGUUUCGUUUACCCACUUCCUGUGAAUAUGGUCGGCCUGGCGAGUUGUCUAAGUCGGCCCACCACUGUGCUGGAGGAUUUCUGUGUGGUUGCGUCUACUCUGCUGAGUUCAGGGUGCUGGUGUGUCCCAGGAGCUCCCAGCACGUCCUACACCAGCGGGAGCGAGCGAGUGAAAAACUAGACAGGUCCCACCGGCCCCUAGUGACGCCCUACUGCCUGCCUUAUCUUAUCUGUGUGAUAGCA